CGAAGAGAGACGUGUAGCAAAACGGUGCGUCCAAGUCGCCGUCCACCAGACCAUACUCUACACGUUAAUACCACCCAAACGGCCCAAUUAUGGAAAUACAGAGACCAACGAUAGACGGCCCAGAGUAAGCCGGUUCAUUUCCCCGUAGCUUAACGGUGGGAAAAGAAAAUGGCGGAAAGUGCUGCUUCGGCGACUCCACCGGCAGGAAGAGGCGGAUUGGAGAAUGACAAGUCCAACAGUAUUAGCGUAUCGGCGAUGCAGUUCUCGUACGACUCCAACCAGGCGCCUCUUUUCUUCGACUUCAAUCUCGACAUCGCUCCCGGAUCUCGCUGCUUGCUCACCGGCGCAAAUGGAUCAGGGAAGUCGACUUUGCUGCGGAUCCUGGCUGGGAAGCAUAUGGUGGGAGGAAAAGACGUGGUCAGAGUGCUGAACAGCUCGGCUUUUCAUGACACCCAGCUCGUUUGUAGCGGCGACUUGGCCUAUCUGGGAGGUUCCUGGAGUAAAACUGUGGGAUCGGCGGAUCUGCAUUCUGAGGUCUUUUUUUUUACCUCACCCCACACUCUUUAUUUUGGUGUCAGUUGAGGGUGUUGAUCCAGAUAGGAGAGAAAAGCUAAUUGAUCUACUCGAUAUCGAUCUCCGAUGGCGUAUGCAUAAGGUAUCUGAUGGACAGCGUCGACGGGUUCAGAUUUGUAUGGGGCUUCUUCAUCCGUAUAAGGUUCUGCUAUUAGAUGAGGUGACAGUUGAUCUAGAUGUGGUUGCUAGGAUGGAUUUGCUGGAGUUUUUUAGGGAGGAAACUGAGCAGAGAGGAGCUACAUUAAUAUAUGCAACUCACAUCUUCGACGGUUUAGAGGCAUGGGCGACGGACCUUGCUUACAUACAAGAUGGUGAGCUUAAGAGGUACGCUAAGUUGGUGGAGAUGGAUGAGCUGAGAACAUCUGCGAACUUGCUUACAGUAGUUGAGAACUGGCUACGUUCAGAGACCAAGCAGGAGAAGAAGAAGAAGGAACCCAUAAAACCCCCUACUGCCCAAACCCAGAAGGCUUCCUCCGGUUCUCCUUUCAUGUCAUCUAGUAGACACAUGGCUUACUAUCGUUGAUUUGAUGCCAGAAUUGGAAAGUUUAUCAAACAAAAGUUAUAGAAAGCUAAUUUGAGAGAGAAAUCUGGGGAAGUAUUUGACCCUUACUGCAUAAGCUUUAAAUAUGUAAUGCAAUGUGAGGUCCCCCUCUCUUUUUUUGUUAUUACUUUUUUUUAACUAUUGCAAGAAAUACUCUUGGGAGAGGGGAGAUAGGAAGUUGAACCAACGAUCUACAGUUGUACAAGCUUCUGAUUAGUUGUAAAAUUUCUUUUAGCCAAAUCUAUUGAAAAUAUUAAUUAGUUAAAUGUUA